CCCAUAAUGCCGUUGCACAAACAUGGUGGCUGGAGGCUUCGGUACCGAUGUCACUGUUGUUAACUAGCUGAUUCUGGUACAUGUGACUUUAUCAAUAAGCUAAUACUGGUGUUAAAGUGGACUUUGCAACAAUGCCGAAGUAUUACGAAGACAAAGAGGAAGAUAACAGAGCAUGCGCCGGUAUCAGAGAGGACUUCAAAGCGUGUCUCCUUCAGCACGACUGCGUGGUAAAGGAGGGGAAGAUGCCCAGUGAGUGUUUGAAGGAAGGCCACUGCAAAAGCCUGCAGACGUCUUUCUUUGAGUGCAAGAGGUCAAUGCUGGACACAAGGUCAAGAUUCAGAGGAAGGAAAGGAUACUGAGGACCCGUCUGAUUGCCGCUGAGUGAAUACUGGAUGAGCACUUGUAAAUACUUGAAAUACUAUGAAUCAAAGAGCAACGCUCCCGGGUCAGUGUAUGUGCAGCUUUACUAUCCCACCUGAAGGACGUGUGUCAACAAAGGACUACCAAAUUAAAAGAACAAUGCACACUGACACAAGAAUUACCAUGUGUAUCAGCAAAAUGUAGCACUGACUAAAACUGGAGCAGUUUCUGGAUGAAUGUGUUUGUGUUGUUAUAAAAAAAAAACACUUUAAUUAAAAAUUAUCAAAAGCC